AUGACAGUUCCAAUUUUGAAACGUCAGAUUUUCGUAUUGAAAAUAACGGGUUUAUAUGCUGACGAUACGCCGGUCAUUGUACAUGCAGAGUCAUCCAGUACAGUCAAAAACGUCAUAGAGACGGCUCUUACGAAUGCAGGCAAAAACGCAGACACAGCAGAAGACUAUGUUUUGGUGGAAGUAUCCGGUGGCAACUUGUUUUCUGGUACUGACGAACAACAACAUGAACAGUCUGGACAUCGUAUUUUGCCUCCUAAUGAGCCCGUGAUGGAUUCUGUCGCUUGCUGGAAUGGUUCCAUGCGACGCUUUGUUAUCAGAAAAAAGGGGGCUGUGCGUUUCGAAAUUUUCUAA